GAUCUUGUUUUAAUUGAUGGAGACGCGAGACAAGUUGCUGAAAAUAUGGAAAAAAAGAAAGAAAAUGCAAUAUUCGAUUACGAUUCUGAUGACACCGUUCUACUAAAAGCACAACGAGAUUCUUUGAAGAGAAAAGAAGAAGAAAAACUAGAUAUACCACAGGAUGAUAAUAAACAUACACCUGCAAAAGUAAAGAGUAACCGAAAAUCUAAACAGCAAGAAGAAAUUCAGAAGAAAGCAAAUGCAGUGAAUGAUUCAAUAGAUGCGGUUCAAGAUCCAGAACAUAUUAAUAAAUGUACAGAAGAAACAGAAACUGGUGAAAGUAUAUAUAGGAAAAAAUCUGUAACAGAAGACACUUCAUUUAACAAAUUAAGAGGAAACGAAAGUUGGACAGCAAUGACUCAAGAAAAUUUGGACAAAUCAACUAUUGAUUCACCACUUAAAGAAACUGAAUUAUAUAAAUACAUGGCAACAAAACGGAAAUCUAAUAAAUCUUUUAAAGAUCUAGACAGUGAAAUUGAAGAAUGUAAUGAAUCUGAAGCUGUCAGGGGAAGUAAAUCGUUAAAUAAAUCAUCCGUAGAUUCAUCAUUGAACAAAGGCAAAUCAUCUGAAGACAUGUCGAAGAAACGAAAAUCAUUUAGUACACCCGUUGAGGAGGUAGAUAGUGAAAAUGAAGGAUCUGAUGAAUCUGAAGCCAUGAAGGGAAGGAAAUCAUUAAGUAAAUCAUCCGUAGAUUCAUCAUUGAACAAAAGCAAAUUAUCUGAAGACAUGUCGAAGAAACGAAAAUCAUUUAGUACACCCGCUGAGGAGGUAGAUAGUGAAAGUGAUGGAUUUGAUGAAUCUGAAGCCAUGGAGAGAAGGAAAUCAUUAAGUAAAUCAUGCAUAGAUUCAUCAUUGAAGAAAAGCAAAUUAUCUGAAGACAUGUCAAAGAAACGAAAAUCAUUUAGCACAGCCGUUGAGGAGGUAGAUAGUGAAAGUGAAGGAUCUGAUGAAUCUGAAACCAUGAAGGGAAGGAAAUUUUGGAAGAAAUCGCCUACUGAAUCAUCAUUAAAUUCAAGUGGCUCUGACAAAUCAGAUAAAAGUAUAGAUUCUGAUAUUGAAAGGGAAUAUAAUCUUCAUGGCAAAGAAGUUUCUAAAUUUUCUGAUGAUGACGUACCGGGAGAUGAAUGUAGAGCAUCAGAAACGGAAUCCUCAGAUCCUGAUGAUCAUGGAUCAGAUCUUCAAGACUUUGUAGUUGAUGAUGACGAUGUUUCUGAAGAGAACGAGGAGGAAGAUCAGAGUAAUAAUGAAGUAGAUAAUGAGAAUGAUGUAAAAGAUCAAGAAACUAAUGAAGAAUCCAUAGAUGAUCAACUUGAAAAAGUGCAAAUGAAAGAAAAAACCGAUGGUAUAGCAACUGAAGAAAACAAAGUACAAAAUGAAAUUGUGAAAGAAAAUGUUGAAACAGUCUUGAAUAAAUCCUCAAAUAUCUGUAAUAAAGAAGAAAAUAAAUUAAGACACUCUGGAAAUUUAGAUUUAUCUCAAAUAUCUGAAGAUGGUAAGAAAGUUGGGAAGAUUUCUCAGAUUUAUCUGUCUGAGAUAGAUGAGGAUGAAGAAAAAUGUGAUUUACUUAAUGAAUUUUUCUCGAGAUCUCCUCAAAUGAAAAAUUCAAGACCUAAGAUGCAAAAACUUAGCCGAUCAAUGGAAUGCAGUACCCCUAAACUUAAUUCACUUAAACGAGAUCAAUUUCAUGUAAGUUUAGAAAGUACUAUUCAAAAAGUGUCUGAUAAUACCUGUGAAUUUGAAGGAGAUAUCUAUUCAAGUACAGAAAGAGAUAAAGCGACGAUAUUGAAAUUGAAAACCAGUUUGAAAAAAUCAAAUAAUACAAAAGAUACAGAAAGUUUGUUGCAUGGUUUUCCGGCCUUAAUUAACGAACAUGCUCAAAAAACAAAUCUUUCAAGACCAAUGUCUUCUAAAGUAAUAGAAUUAAAUAGAACGACUUCAGUUCCAUGGAGUGAAUCACCUACUGUAAGACACUUAAGAAAAGAAAAAUUGAACGAGAGUCUACCAGUAUUGAAAUUAAAUAGUAACCUUAGAAAAUCAAUAAGUAACAGUAAAAGUAAUGAACAAUGUGACACAUUAAAAGAAACUACAAAUGUUGAGCUAAAUGUAAAACCAGCUCAAGAAAUGAAUGAGUCAUUAAAAAACAAAUUACUGAAAGUAGCUGAGAAUAUAUUAGAAACUGAUUGUCAAAAGAAAGAAAAGAAACGAAAAAAACGAAAGGUAAACAAAACUGUACCCACGUUUGACGAAGAUGGUUUGGAAGAAAAUGUAGAUUCUCAAAUAUCAAGGGGGGACCAAGACCAUGUCCCUAACACUAACAGUCAUGAAAGUAAAAAGUCAACAGAAAUUUGUUCAAAUGAAAAAAAGAAGAAGAAACCGAACACAGAAGCUGAUAUUGAAAACCUUCUACAAAAUAAAUUACGUGUAAAUGUUAUUGAAGCAAAACCGAAAUGUAAUGAAGAAAAGAAGAAAAGGAAGCAGAAGAAAGAUACAGUCAGUACUACAAAUAUAGACAACAUUGCAGAAAAUGAAGUAUUUACAAAGAAAAAGUCUAAAAAUAAAGUGCCUGUGCUAUCUGAAGAAGAUUUAGUUAAGAACCUAACUAAGAGUAAACGGAAGUUUAAAAAUAUUGUUUCACAAGAUGAAGAAAUUAUGGGAAAUGUGUCUCGAAAGAAGCAGAAGUUAUCAGAAAAUAUUGUACAAAUUGUAAAUACUUCAAAAGACAAAUCUUCCAAGAAAGAGCAAAAAUUAUUACCAAAAAAUACUGUUUCACAAGAUGAAAGUAUUUUAGUUGAACAAGUGUCCAAGAAGAAACAAAAGAAACGAAAAGAACGAAAGGUAAAGAAAACUGUACCCACGUCUGACGAAGAUGGUUUGGAAGGAAAUGUAGAUUCUCAAAUAUCAGGGGAGGACCAAGAACAUGUCCGUAACACUAACAGUCCUGAAAGUAAAAAGUCAACAGAAAUUUGUUCAAAUGAGAAAAAGAAGAAGAAAUCAAACACAGAGGCUGAUAUUGAAAACCCUCUACAAAAUGAAUUACGUGUAAAUGUUAUUGAAGCAAGACCAAAAUUUAAUGAAGAACAGAAGAAAGGGAAGCAGAACAAAAAUUUAGUGGGUAUGGCAAAUAUACACAGCAUUACAGAAAAUGAAGUAUUGGCAAAGAAAAAGUCUAAAAAUAUAGUGUCUGUGCUACUUACAAAUAUAGACAACAUUGCAGAAAAUGAAGUAUUUACAAAGAAAAAGUCUAAAAAUAAAGUGUCUGUGCUAUCUAAAGGAGAUUUAGUUAAGAACCUAACUAAGAGUAAACGGAAGUUUAAAAAUAUUGUUUCACAAGAUGAAGAAAUUGGAGAAAAUGUGUCCCAAAAGAAGCAGAAGUUAUCAGAAAAUAUUGUUUCACAAACUGCAGAUAUUUCAAAAGAGAAAUUAUCCAAGAAAAAACGAAAACUAUUACCAAAAAAUACUGUUUUACAAGAUGAAUGUGUUUCAGUUGAACAAGUGUCCAAGAAGAAGAAAAAAUCGUUGCCAGAAUAUAUUUCAAAAACUCAAGGAAAAUUUGUUAACACAUCUAAUAAAACCAAGCACACUAUUAAUACAGUAUUGGACUCAGUUGAUGAACCUGCACCUGUUAUAUUUUCUAAAACUGGAACCGCAACAUUGAAUAUAGCGGAACGUGUUACUGGUAGCACUACUUCUAAUAAGGACAGGAAAACGAUGAAAGUAGUAGAAAAGGACAUAAAAAUUAAGACCCCAAAACAGAAAUCUAAACAUCAAACUUCGAAAUCUAAACGGAUAGAAGUAUCAAGGAAAAGUAUUAAAUAUCUACCCGAGGAACUUGUUGAGAACCUUGUGGACAGUUCUUUGGAAAUAUUGAAAAAAAGGAAAGUGUCAAAACCUGAGAAACAAUUUGUACCUUCGUGUUCAAUGUUUGAUUCUAAUUUUUCAUUGAGUUCUUAUGGAAGCACAACUAAUUUUAGUGUCACAAAUCUUCAGAAAUUUAAAAAAACCAAAACUGCUAAAGAAGUGCAGUCAUUUAGACAGAAAAUGCUUAUCAGAAAUUCACGUCAACGUGUUUCAACUUACUUAAUGUAUCUAGAGAAGCAAAAAGCGUCGGGUAAAGGAAAGAUUUAA